AUGAAGGUUUUAAAAAUUGUUCGCUCAGACCAAGGAAAAGAUUGUGUCAGGUUUUUUGAAAUAGAUGACAACUGUUCAGCAACAGAAUUUUAUACAGCACUACAAAAUGUGUUUGGUAAUGCUUCAACUCUGCUCUAUGCUCCAGUUCUUUGUGACUCACAUGGGAACAAGAUGAAUUUCAAAAAACUAGACGGCUCAAUGACCUAUUUCUUAACUUUUGAGAAAAAAGAUCCUACAAAUAGAAUAGAAAUUGGGACAAGGGAUGGAGUAAUUUCUUUACAUUCAAGCAAUUUAAAAGUAUUUUUGCCAGAUGAAUAUUUGUUAAAAAAGAUCAAGGCUUUACAAGAAAAAGCAAAGCUGAAACUAGGAGACUUGGCUAUAAGGCAAGAGCAUAAUAUGGCGAUUUUGAACCAAAGCUUAAAUAAAGUCCAUACCGUGCUAGGAAGUCAGUCAUUAAGACUAAUCGAGUAUGGCAGUGGGAUCGGCAAUAUCAUAUCGAAAAUGGACUAUCUUGGCCCUCAUCUAAAAAGCCUUGCAGGUCAGCUUAGGGAAAUUUCACAAGAAUUAAGAAUGGUGUACGCUUAUAAGCCACCUCCAGGAUUAGAACCUAGAGUGCCUAGGAAUUUUCGAAAUUACAAUUCUGCUGACCCUCUGCAUCAGAGUUACUUGAAAAAGCCAUUUAAUAUAGUUUUAAAAGACCUGCCUAUGAAUGAACUCAGCCCAAACGAGCUUAAGCGGUUUUUAAAGUUUAAUAGUAUGCUAAUACAAGAAGAUGAGAGUCAAGCCCCAUCUCAAAACACACCUAGGAAGCAGCAAAUAGUUCAGCUGUCAGCAAGACCUAAAAAGGAGACCAUUUCAAGGGCUGAGCCAAUAAAAGUGAUGAUUCAUAAAGAAUGAAGCAUGGGAAUGGGAUAUAUAAAAAUUAUAGGGAAUAUGCUGAAAGUUGCACGAACGCCGAGCUUUGAAAAUUGUGAGUCAUAUGAUUUAACACAAGUUAUUAAUGUUGAUAAGGCAAUUGAUAUUUCUCAUAUGGCAAUAGAGCUUACUUUUAAGGCAGAAUCGUUUUCGCUUGAGUUUAUGGAUGGGGAUGCUUUUAAUUAUUGAUAUAUAGUUUUUUUAAUUAAAUUAGUCCUGAGUUUGGUAUUAAUGGUAUAUAAUAGUUAAUAAAAUAGGGCUCAGGCAGUAAAAAAAUUGUCGUGAAAUUUCCAUUGAGUGUAGGCUAUUAAAAAUGUAA